AACCCCAUUUGGUGAGUGGGUAUUUUCGUUAAAUUGAAACUGGUUCCUUUCUUGAAGCUCCAUCAGCUUAAACAAGAAGCAGCAAAAGCGUCUCUAAUUUCAAAACCUGCAAAUUAAUUGCGAGAGAAAAAGCUCAAAAACGAUGGCCAGUGGAAGAAGGCUUGCAGACAUCAUAGGAAUGAAGGACGAUCAGCUAAUCAUUAAAGCUUGCUCUUGUGCCAUGAAGGCUCACAAGUCUCCGGAGAAGCCAUAUGUUCUUGAGAAAACUCGGGUCUCAUCGGAGACCAUCCUCUUCAUCAGCUUUCCUGGAUCUUGGUCUGCAAGUGAUUGGUUUGCUCAAAAGCCUUUUGGAGAAACUAAGAUCAAUCGAUCAGGCCAUCCACCCAUGUUUCCUUCUCUUAGAAGUAUAGGCAACGACGAAGUUGCUACAGUUAAUGAAGCCUUUCUGCGGAGAUUCGAAGAUAAGAUCUUGGGGAGUUCAGAUUUCCAAGAGAAGGUGCAAAAAGCUGUGACAGAGAGGAAGCAAAUAGUGUUUACAGGACACUCCAUGGGUGGUUCGAUGGCCAUCCUGGCAACACUUUGGUUUUUGGAAAAGUACUUCAAACCAGACAACAAAAGCUCACCUCUGUGUCUCACUUUCGGAUGCCCUCUAACUGGUAACCGCAUAUUUUCCCAUGCUCUAAGGCGAGAGAAGUGGGAUCCUUACUUCAUACAUUUUGUCAUGAGAUAUGACAUUGUCCCACGGCUCUUGCUUGCUCCAAUCCCAUCCAUCGAACAAGAAUUUGACUCAAUUCUCCGAUUCUUCGCUACACAAUCAUCCAUCGGCGCCGUACCCGAGGAGGCUUCGAUUUUUUAUACGACUGUCAUGAGGAACGCGGCGUCCGUGGCAAACCACGCCGCCUGUAAUCUCAUGGGGAACACGAAUCUGCUAUUGGAGACUGUAACCAACUUCGUUGAAUUAAGCCCUUACAAGCCCUUUGGGACGUACAUCUUCUGCACUGUGAAUGGAAAACUGGUGGUCUUGAGGAACCCAGAUGCUGUUUUGCAGCUAUUGUUUUAUUCCACUCAGUUGAGCAGUGAAACAGAACUUCAAGAGAUGCCCUGCGUAAGUCUUCGUCAACAUUUUCGCUACGAAGAUGAGUUGCAAGAAAGCUUAGAAAUGCAAGAUGUGGUUGAUUUGAAGCAACUGGAAACGCUCCCAUUGUCGGCAGAGGUCACCGGCGGUGAUAGUGCAACAAUUAACUCGGCCUUAAAUGAUCUUGGCUUGAGCACGAGAGCUAGAUUGUGUCUUCGUGCGGCGGGAGAGCUAGAGAAGCGAAAGCAGGCGAACAAAAGAAACAUAGAUGCCAGGGAGAAAGAUAUCCAAAACGCAAUGAAUGAUCUAGAAACGACGUAUCGAGUGAACUGCGCGCUUCGCAAUGUUGGCUAUUACGACUCCUUCAAGCUUCAGAAAAAUCGCCAGGACUUCGACGCCAAUGUGAAGAGGCUUGUGCUAGCCGGUAUAUGGGACGAAAUCAUCGACAUGCUAAAAAGGUACGAGCUCCCAGAUGACUUCGAGGGCCAGAGAGAUUGGGUAGAGCUCGGAACAAGGUAUCGCCGCCUUGUCGAGCCGCUGGAUAUUGCCAACUAUUAUCGGCACUUGAAGAACGAAGACACGGGACCCUAUGUGACAAGGGGGAGGCCGAAACGAUACAGAUUCACGCAAAGAUGGCGCGAGCACGCUCAAAGGAUGCCUCCUGAAUCCAGUGGAGAGUCGCAUUUCUGGGCAGAGGUGGAGGAGCUCCGCACCAGAACCAGUAGCAGAGGAGGGUUUGAAGAGGUGAAGGAAAGGGUUUUGAAACUUGAAAGAAAUGUAGAGAAAUGGGUUAAUGGAGGAGAGCUGGGUAAGGACGUGCUCUUGGAGGAAUCCACCCUUGUGAAGUGGUGGAAAACACUCCCUGACCACCAUAGGAAGGAGUCUUGCAUUUCAGGACUUCUGAAGAAAUUAUGAGGAAUUGAAGGGAGAUAUAAAAGGAGUUAACUGAAAACAAUGGAAGCGCCCCCUAGCUACUCAGUUUUAAUUGUAUAUAUAUUUUUACUAUAAAUGACAUGUGUUAUAGUCUGAUUGGUAUUGACAUGUCAUUUGGUAGUUUUUGUUAAAAAUUUUGGACCCGAGUUGGGUGCGGGGACUUAUUUGUUAUUUUUGCAUAUUAGUACGAGCUCUCAGCAAGUUUUUAUACCA